UAUUUCUGUCAGCGAAAUACCAGCGAUGGUAAUUCCAUCUAUUUAGUUGGUUUAGUAUAUGUUUGAGCUUUAUUUUAUGCAUCUGCACAACUUGCUGGUUACAUUUUAUACCGUUGAAAUACGAAAACUGUACCAUUUAUGCCGUACAAAGCACAGGAACAAAAAGAGCAUGAUGCACUUUCAAUCGCCGCUUCGGUCGGUUUUAGCGUUUUGAGGCUCAAGAUUUUUUAACACAAAAAACAUAAAGCAUAAAAUUACUAUCAGAGGACAGCGUUACUUACAACUAUAGCUUGAGUAAAAGAAGUUAUUUUCUUGAAGCAGUAGUGAGAUUCGUCAAAUGUGGUGGCUCGCAUAACCUUACAGUCAAUUUAAUACCAAACGUUUCUUUGAUCAUGAAGAGAUAUCGCAGUUGAGCAUCGACUCAGUACUCAUUCUACUAAGAAAAAUGGAGGAAGUUGUAUCCACAGAAAACUUGGAUAACGAGUCGGAAAAAGUAUUCAACGAUGGAAUUGAUGAUUUGGUAUAUGGAUUGCAGAACCUCAGAAACAAUAAAGAAUUGCUGUUUGAUGUCUCUGAUUUCUCCAAUGCAUUUUUACAACAGUUCUUCAGCUUUUUUCUCAUGGGAAAUGCGCGGAUGUCGGAGCAGGCAAAAGCUAUUGGAGAUGUGGAGUCAAUUGCUGCCUUGCUGGACGAAAAAAAACAUGAUCUGGAGAUAGUCUCGCAAAUGGGUCAGAAAAUCAUCGAGGCUAAACUAAAUGUGGAAGCGGAAAAUUCAACUCUGAAGUCAGAAGCUGAGCAAAUGCGGACCGAAAUUAUGCAGCUGAAAGACGAAGUUGCAAAAAAGAACGAACUGCUUGGCAUAUUAUACGAGAAAGAUUCUAGUUUGAAUUUGCAGGAAAGCAGUUUAGAUUAUUCAGACACAGGAGUAGUUUCAAAACUGAACGACAGAAUUACUGGAGACUUGAAAGCGAAAGUGGCUAACUUAGAUAGUGAAAAUAAAAAACUGCGAGACACGACUCUGCUGUGUUUGAAAGAGACCGAAUCGCUCGAACACAAAGAGACCAUGUUGAUAGAAGAAAUCAACUCAGUGCUGACUCAGACGCAAGUGGAUUUUCAGAAAGUGAGCAAUGAUUUGAACAACUCAAAUCAGGAGCUGCAGCGCCAAGAGGAGGAUAAGGGAAGAGUUCUGAGAGAGUUAGUGGAUGCUCAUCGCAAGAAUCGAGUUCUAUCUACCAAUUAUGAGUCGUUGGUCAAUGACGUGGACUAUCUGCAGUCGUGCAUCGAUGAACAACGAGACGAGCAAAUUCGGUCAAUUCUGCAAAAAUACCCACCCAGGCACACUGAUUUAGUUGGGCAGGCGAGAUGGAGAGGCAACAACAAUAACAGAAGAGAAAACCAGAAUCGGAAGAGUUCUGCCAGAGGUAAACAGAACGAAGACAAAUCAAACCCAGAACGACUCGCUCAAGAACAAGAGCGAGCUAAACGAGAAGCUCUUGCAAAGCAAGCAGCGGACAGGUUUUAUGAAGAAACUAUGCGAGAUAAAGAGCGGUCUCAAGGCCUGUUCAAGAAUGAAUUUCAAGCCCAUAACCUUAUUGCACCUAUUCCAGUAGCAGAUUCGAGUGGUAGUGGAAAAACUUAUGCUCAAGUGCUAAGUCGUCAUCAAUCUAUGGACUGUUUAUCGUCCAUUAAUGGUUCUAUGGACCCAAAUACAUCUGUUCAGUCUCCAGUAUCGAGAGACAGUAAUGCAAUGAUGAGCUCAUCUGAGAAGGCUGAAAAUUUCUAUGGUCGCGAGUUCACGCCCAGUAACAAAGGAAAUUCGCCCUUGAAUUCAAAGUACAGCAACGGACCACUGCACGGGAAUAGAGAAAUCAGUCGCAACUGGCGUAAAAGAGCCCAAAAUCAGGAGGAGUUACUGAACUAUGGGCCAAUGAGCGUGACCAACAAAGAUUUCAACACUCAGAACCGUCAAAAUGAUCUAGAGUCGUUCGUCAAUCAACAAGGAGUGCAUUCAAGACUUGGUUAUCAUAACAACGGACAAGGAAUGAAGAGAUAUAACAGUAAUUUAUCUCUAAGUGGUUAUGAUUAUAACGAAGUGUCGUCGACGGAUGCAAAUGGGUCUAGAGGAAAGAAAAGGAAUGAUUCUACGACGAAACCGAACCGCAAACACUCCUCGUCUCAGUCUAGAACUAGAUCGGACACUUACAAUGAAAACAGUGAAAAUUACCUGCAGAAUAGCCAGAGCUACAAUAAAACUGGUUAUUCGGAUGGCGCUAAAUUUGAAGGCAAGAACGCGGCAAACUUUUCACAUGCAAACAAUAAAAAUGUUUUGAAUAGGUAUGGCUCUCUGAAUCAUUUGAAUUAUUAGAUUAAGUGCUACUGAAGCCUUUAUGUUGCGUAUAAUUUUUUUCAAUUUUCGAGUGAUUUUUUUUGAAUCUUUACGCGUUAAUGUGUCUC